UCGCGGCUCUCCGAACGAGGCCUCUUUCCCCGGCGAAGGGAGUUCCAGGAAUACGCCGCUUAGCAGCUUCUGUCAAAGGCCGGGCUCUUUCUUCCCCCCACGGGGGCGUUUUCUGGGCCUGGCUAAAUUUUAGGCCCGGGAGGGGAGGAGGAAGAGGCAAAGCAGCGCUUCAGGCCAGUACGUUUCCGAGCACCAUUCAAAGUGUUGGUGCUGACCUUGAAAGCCCCAAACGGCCUCGGUCCAGUACACCUGAAGGAGCGUCUCCACCCCCAUCGUUCUGCCCGGACACUUGAGGCCCAGCUCCGAGGGCCUUCUGGUGGUACCCUCACUGCGAGAAGCCAAGUUACAGCCUUCUCGGUGGUGGCGCCCGCCCUGUGGAACGCCCUCCCUUCAGAUGUGAAGGAAAUAAGUAGCUUUCCUAUCUUUAAAAGACAUCUGAAGGCAACCCUGUUCAGGGAAGCUUUUAAUGUUCAAUAGGUUAUUGUGUAUUAGUGUUUUGUUGGAAGCAACCCAGAGUGGCUGGGGAAACCCAGCCAGAUGGGCAGGGUAUAAAUAAAAAAUUACUAUUAUUAUUAUUCAGGUCCCGUGCGCAAAUUUGUUUGGCUCUGCAUUACAAAGAGGUCUGCAAACGUGACGUGAAGGCUGGCAACAUCUGGGAAUUCCUUCUUUUUUAUUUUAAUUCAUUUUUUUAUUAUAUAUAUAAAUCCAAAAAUACAUUCCAAUACAUGAUAAUUUUCUCUUUGGUUUUAUUGACUUCCCUUCCCGUUUUCCAUGGUGUUUUUAAUUUCUCCCCCUUGCUGCACCCUUGUCUUCUCUCUCUCAUAACCAUGACAAUAAUCUCUAAGCCUGCCUGUUGCUCAUAGUUCAAAUCUGCUCGGAAAUUCAUCACACUCAUGGGCAUAGCGGGUGGUGGGGUGGGUAGCAUCGAAAGUACUCAACUAACAGGUUCUGUCCACCCCCAACCAAAGCCUGUCCCCCUUUUGGGGUGGCAUUUUUACCCGUGACUUCUCCAAAGAAAAUCCUGCUUACGCCCAUGAUCAUACCAUAAUAUUUCUUUAAAUAUUCCAAAAGGGGCUUCCAUUCUUCCACAAAACAAUCAUUAGUCUCUCUUAUUUUUGCUGUUAGCUUUGCCAACCCUCCAUUGUCCAUCCCUUUACUUAUCCAUUUUUCUUUGGUGGGAACUUCCUUCCAGCUUUGUGCAUAAAGAAUCCUAGCUGCUGUCAUUACAUAGAGCUUAAUCGUCUUUUUGGGGAAUUCUGUUCCCACCGUCUGGGAAUUCCAUGCCUGGAGGUUUCACUUAAAAUAGCAUCAUAAUUAUCAUUGUUAAUAGGGUUCAUUGCAGUCUACAGGUGGUAAAGUUAGACUUGGAAGAAUAUAUCUUCAUGCUUGGGUGGAUAAUGUAAGGGGAGGCAUCGUGCAAAUAAAACAAGGGCAUCACUGAGGAUGCCACUGGCUGAAUCCGACCUCUGCUGUCUCUGAACAAAAGACAGCCCUUCCCCUCAUCCCAGACACGCUCCUCCAGCCGAAGAGGAGCAAAGCCAGCCAGCCAGACGCUCAAAGGGGAAGGCAAGGAUGAAAGCAGCAGCGAAUGCAACCACAUCUGUCUCCUCCUAGGAUCAGAGGUGGAGGCUGGGGCUGGAUGGAGAAAGGACCUUCCAUUCCUCAGAAUCCACCUUAAAUGUUGGUGGAGCUGAGCAAAAUCUGGCUCUGGGUUUCUCAGUCUCCACCCUGUGGUGCCUGCAGUGAAUUCUUAUCUCUCCGCACAUGCAGCAGCCAAAACCAAAAAAUCUUCUGUGCCCAAAGCAGCGGUGAGUAGAUGCAAGAUGGGGAAGCGUGGAGGACGAUUUGCUUUAGCAGCAGCAACUAAGUCCGGACUCUGCCUGCUGGAAGGAAUCUCUGUUUUUUAUCAGAUGUGCUUUAUUGGAUAGAUGGACUCUUGUCAGGGACAGGAUUCUGGGAAAAGUGCCGCACUUGGGAUCAUUGUAAUAAAAUGCAUUCCAGUUAAUACAUAUGAAAAACAAAAGAAAAUCUGAAGCUAUUUCAGCAGCCCACUCCCAAAUCUCAUAAUUUCACUAUGCUCUGAAUCAAGCCACACUCCUGAAGUGCCAGGACUGGGGGUUGAUGUUCUUCCUUUCCCGUUGUGGGCGUGGGUGUUUAAUUUCAUUGCUGUACAGUACAAUGAAGUGCAAAGCAUUGAAUUCUCUAUCUCUCUGCAACAUAGCUUUAUUCUUACCAUUUUACAGAUGCCAAGGGUGGGGGCUGACUUCUGUUGCUCUGGUGGGUUCAACAUGCAACCAGACUGUAUCUCAACAUGCCCUUGUCCAGAGGGCAUUUGGAGGGGGGGGGCAAGCCAGCAGGUUAGUCUUUAUUGCAAGUAGAAUCAAGGCUGAAUUUGAAAAUAUUUUGAAAUCCAGUUUUCAUUUGUGUUUUUCUGCUUGUUGUGUAAUCCCCUAUUUUUUUAAUACACCCUUACCUCACAUCAGGGGGACGUGGGUGGCACUGUGGGUUAAACCACAGAGCCUAGGACUUGCCGAUCAGAAGGUCGCGGUUCGAAUCCCCGCGACGGGGUGAGCUCCCAUUGCUCGGUCUCUGCUCCUGCCAACCUAGCAGUUCGAAAGCACCUCAAAGUGCAAGUAGAUAAAUAGGUACCGCUCUGGCGGGAAGGUAAACGGCGUUUCCGUGCGCUGCUCUGGUUCGACAGAAGCAGCUAGUCAUGCUGGCCACAUGACCUGGAAGCUGUCUGCGGACAAACGCCGGCUCCCUUGGCCUAUAGAGCGAGAUGAGCGUGCAACCCCAGAGUCGUCCACGACUGGACGUAAUGGUCAGGGGUCCCUUUACCUCACAUCACUAUAUCAUAAUCUGUGACAACCAGAACAAUCAGUCUUUGUUCCCUGGAUAGACCUUUGUCCUGCUGUAACAGGAGGAACCCAACAGACAAAUGGUGUGGCUGAAAAGCCAGACCUGGGGUUGGACUCACUCAUAACUCUAGAUUGAAUAUUAUUAAUAACACAAAUUCUCCUGUUGGACUGUAGCACACACCUUUAGCACACAUGGAAUGUUUUCAGAGAGGUGCUGGUGGUAAGGAGUGUGCCAAUUCAGUCUCACUUGACCACUCUGCAUUUGGGACACGGUUCCCUGUUCCUGUGUGUGUACACUAUUGCCAGUUGCAGCAACAGUGUCAAAUAUUAAUCCUGUGGUGUACCACCUCUUGAAUAUUAUAUAAUACUUAAACACCACGGCAUGUCAAGUGCUGUACUGCAAUUAGAAUCGAGGUGCCCCAGUUGGGUAUCUCUCAGAAUUAGAAAAUGAUGCCUUUCACAUUCAAAAGCUUCCAGUAAAAGGUAAAGGUAAAAGGACCCCUGGCCAUUAGGUCCAGUUGUGACCGACUCUGGAGUUGCGGCGCUUAUCUAGCUUUAUUGGCCACGGGAGCUGGCGUACAGCUUCUGGGUCGUGUGGCCAGCAUGACUAAGCCGCUUCUGGCGAACCAGAGCAGCGCACGGAAAAGCCGUUUACCUUCCCACCGGAGCGGGGUGCACUUUGAUGUGCUUUCAAACUGCUAGGUUGGCAGGAGCAGGGACAGAGCAACGGAAGCUCACCCCGUUGCGGGGAUUUGAACCGCCAACCUUCUGAUCAUCAAGUCCUAGGCUCUGUGGUUUAACCCACAGCGCCACCCGCGUCCCCAUAAAGCUUCCAGAGUUAACACUAAAUACAUUACUUCUGGUAAAUGAGCCACCAUAGACAACAUUAGAGGGCUAUGAAAAUUUGUGUCCCGGGCUUUUUAGACUCAUCUACCCAUGCACUAUCAGAAACCAAAGGGGAGCAUUGGUUGUCAGGUGUGAAUUAUUUCCCCCCCAGCUCUCCUACCCCACUUAGAUAUAUUCUGCUGAUAGUUGAAUUCUCUUUCCAGGAUACAAAAUAAUGGAGAGCAGAAGGAAGGAAGGCAGCCUUACCCAGAAAGACCCCAUAAGAACAGAUCUUCAAGGGGCAGAAGAACACUCCCAGGGGAGAAAUUUGGACAGCGGCAGUCAGGAAAGAGACUGCGAGAGCCAGAGCGAGCCGGGGAGGCAGCGGAGGAAAACCACAGCCCUUAGUAGGAGGUUUGGUGUAUCGUCCCAGUGCAAAGAAGGCAUUGGAAGGCUGAAGGACCUCCUGGCCCUGCAAAGACCCCUCGCGAGGCCCACCAUCUGCAAUGAGUGUGGCAAGGGCUUCAGCCGCAGUUCGGACCUCGUCAGGCACCAGAUCACCCACACAGGGGAGAAGCCCUACACCUGCGCUGUCUGUGGCAAAGGCUUCAGCCAGAACUCCAACCUGCUGACCCACCAGAGGAUACACACAGGUGAGAAGCCCUACCAAUGCAGGGACUGCAGCAAGCGCUUCAGCGAGAGCUCUGCCCUCAUCUAGCAUCAGAGGACCCACACGGGAGAGACGCCGUACGCGUGCGUGGAGUGCGGGAAGCGAUUCAGCGUGAGCUCGAACCUAAUCCGUCACCGGCGCACCCAUAUGGACGAGAGGCCUUAUAUCUGCGGGGAGUGCAGGGAGGGUUUCCGGCACAAGUCGCAGCUCAGGAGGCACCAGAAACUGCACGUAGCUUAGCGUUUGGGGUGGGGAUGAGCUACAAAACCAAAGCGCAUAUUGUGUAAACGAGCAGGCCAAUAUGUAAAACUGAAAUAAGUUUUGUAGGGAAUGUUCUUAUGCACAUUUUCUGAACUUGGAUUUACCUGCAAAAAGAAAAUAAAAGUUGAUCCUUCCAAUUUAAUUCUCCCACCCAUUGCUCUCCUUUACAGAUACUAUUGGCUUUGGGCUGCAAUCCUAUACACACCGAACUCAAUGGAACUUAAAUCUAAGAAGGCAUGCAAGGAAUUGCACGGUUGAUGGGUUUAAGAAAAACUUGGGUGUCAGAAACACUUCACUAUGACCACCUUGAAGUUCAUCAGCAAAGCUGAAAAGUUAGGCUUUAAAUAUACUUCCAAGUCAGGUUUUGAAACUAAACUUUGAAAUAUCACUCACAUUCUAAGUUUUGGCUAUAGUUUGGUUGUAUAUGGGAUCAAAAGCACGUGAGGCUUCUAUAUUUUAGGACUCAAUGGCCUGGUUCUCAUGCUGUGCUAAGACAAGUCAAACACACACAGGAUCCAGAAGAGAUGGUAGCAAUUUACUCCUUUUUAAAAAAUUAUAAUUUUCAUUUUACAACAAACAAAAGCAAAACCUAUUAAAAAGCAACUUACUGCAUGUGUCAUAUUUUGACUCCCCUCCCCCCCUUUCUGUGGUUCCUUACGUUUAUAAUAUUUUUACUGCAUUUCCAAAUUAAACCUAUUUAUUAUUUAUCCCAUAUAUUCAAUAUAUGUUUUAUAUCACUGCACAUUUUUACAUUAAUCCUGCUAAUGUCUUAAUCUGUUUACGAUAGUCUUGUAAAUAUUCAAUAAACGGUUUCCAUUCUUUAUUAAAAACUUUGUGCUCUUGAUUCUUAUUCUUUGGUCAAACUUAGCCAUUUCUGCAUAAUCCAGUAGUUUCUGUUGCCAUUCCUCUUUAGUCAGGACAUUUUCUUUUUUCCAUCUUUGGGAAAAUAGCAUUCAAGUGGCUGUGGUCGCAAAUAUAUAUAUAUAUAUAUAUAUAUAUAUAUAUAUAUAUAUGUAGGACUGUUUUAGGUAACUUUGCUUUACUUCUGGUUGCUCAGCUGUUGUGUUGAGCUGUGCUGCGGCUUGGCUUAGUGCAUGGGUAGGCAAACUAAGGCCCGGGGGCCAGAUCCGGCCCAAUUGCCUUCUAAAUCCAGCCCGUGGACGGUCUGGGAAUCAGCGUGUUUUUACAUGAGUGGAAUGUGUCCUUUUAUUUAAAAUGCAUCACUGGGUUAUUUAUGGGGCAUAGGAAUUCGUUCAUUCCCCCCCAAAAAAAUAAUAGUCUGGCCCCCCACAAGGUCUGAGGGACAGUGGACCGGCCCUCUGCUGAAAAAGUUUGCUG